UUCACUGCUUCCUGGCAACCACAAACCAAUAGGAAGCGUUUGUGUGAGCGCGCAGAGUCGGAUUUGUUUUGUUGACGAGACGACUGUGGCAAUAGCUGUGGAUAGCAUCACUAGGGUUUUCUUUCUAAAGAAAUUAAUCCAAAUGAGUCUCUCUUUACGAACUGAUCUUGCAGCGGACAAAAACAAGCGCAAGAAGAGGAGAGAACUCACCGAGGACCAGAAACAUGAAAUCAAAGAAGCAUUUGAGUUGUUUGACACAGACAAAGACAAAGAAAUUGACUAUCAUGAGCUGAAGGUGGCGAUGCGUGCCCUUGGCUUUGAAGUGAAGAAGGUUGAUGUUCUGAAGAUUCUUAAAGACUAUGAUAGAGAGGGAAACGGCAAAAUAACAUUUGAGGAUUUCAACGAAGUAGUGACUGACCGCAUCCUUGAACGAGAUCCGAAGGAAGAGAUCAUGAAGGCAUUUAAGCUUUUUGAUGAUGAUGAAUCAGGAAAGAUUAGUCUCAGGAACCUGAGACGAGUAGCUCGAGAACUUGGAGAGAACGUCAGUGAUGAGGAGCUGCGCAGCAUGAUUGACGAGUUUGACACCGAUGGAGAUGGUGAAAUAAAUCAAGAGGAGUUUCUUGCCAUUAUGAAUGGAGACGCCUCGUGAGGGACUUUAUCAGUACUGAAGCCGUUUGUUGGAUUGGUCGUCCAUGUGGAAGAGACUGAACAUCUGACCUUGUGUGUCAACGCUCAGCUUCCCCUUGAUGGUUUAAGUGGAUUGUGGUUGUUCAUCAGCUGUGCGUUAUACAUUAAAUAGAACAGCUGGAACAUCAAUUUACCUUGAGACAAAUGUGUGAAGUCCAUCAAAAGCUUUUGAUCAGUCUCUAGUUCUUUUCUGUUUGAAUAAGACGUGGCAUAAAAUUAACCUUUAACCUGUAUAACGACCAAUUUGGGCUUUGAUAUAUAUGUUAUUUUUAGUUUUUUAACACCUUAUUUUCACUCACUUAUACUCUUCAUUUUGUUAUUUAUUCAGGAGAAACUUACUAAUCUUUAGCAAAACAUUUUCAUUUGUACAUGACCAACAAUUAGUUUUACUGUAUUUACUGUUGACAUACUGUAAAUGUUGGUGUAUGUGCUAUUUAUUUUGUACAAAAUAAAGUUUUUUUUUGUCAGCA